GCUUAGGGAAUAGUGCAUAGGGAAGUAGGGCGGAUGCAUGGGAUUCGAACGCGCCCAUUCCUGCGACAGUCGCGUUUUUAUAUCGUGCGCCUUACUUGUUGUACUACAACAACACCACCGCAGUCAUGGCCGAGUUAAACCGCCAGCUACAGGAAUAUUUAGCGCAGUCCAAAAGCGGCGCCAAGACCAUCUCACAGUCCAGCUCCAGCACGGCCAUUAACAUCGAUGAGGAGCCCGCCGCGGUCCCGGGCAGCUGGUUCGGCAGGUGGUCGAGUCCCUUCCCCGGACUGAGCAGCCGCGGAGCUCCGGCAGGCCCGGCGCAGAGCAGCGGCUUUUCCUGGCCGUGGUCCGCGGAGCCGGAUCCAUGUCUGCCGGCCAUGAGUCGCUCUCAGCGGCUGGUAGCUUUCGGUACGUGCGUCUUGUUCUCAGCCAUUUGUUUCGGACUGUCGGCUCUCUACGCCCCUCUGCUCUUGCUGAAGGCUCGGAAGUUCGCCCUCCUCUGGUCCCUCGGCUCUUUAUUCGCGCUCCUGGGCGCCGCGGUGCUCCGAGGACCGAGCAAACUCCUGGGCAGCCCGAGCCCCGGCACCGCGGUGUAUCUCUGCGCGCUGGGCGGGACCCUGUACGCGGCGAUGGGGCUCCACAGCACGGCGCUCACCGCGCUCGGAGCCUUGGUUCAAAUCGGCGCAAUCGUGGGGCAAGUGGUGGCGCUGCUGCCGGGAGGGAGCGCUGGAAUGCGGUUUGUUGGAGGCCUGGCAGCGUCGGCCAUCAAAAGAACCGUGACUGGCAAAACUAUGCCGAUUUGAGCGCCGGUUCGGGGCGGCGGGACGGACUGGACUACACUGACUCUGUGGACGGAUGCGCUGAUCUGGGGUUAAACAAAGCAGGACUUUUCAGCGAAGCUGCAUAAAUCAAACAUGACAAUUGUCCUAAUUUUGUAAUUAUAAUAGCCUUGACUACUACUAUUAAACAGGCUUGAGUUCGGGUUUAAGUUAUCUGGCUAACUGAGAGAAGACGCCUCUGUGCAGGACUACACGUCACGAUUUGUCAGGAAAGCCGAAUGACUUUUCCCAGAAGUGAGACUGAACAGUAGGAAUGGCCUUUACUGGUCAGGCUUGAGUUCAGGCUUAAGUUAUCUGGCUAAAUGAAAGAACGUCUGAAAUACUCAACUAGGGAGCGUUUCAUAAGCCAAAGCCAAAGUGAGCCGAAAGUGAGGACUGUCCAGUAGGAAUGACCUUUGGCUCAAGUUAUCUGGCUAACUAAGGGAACCCCUUCUGUGAAACUGGAGGGAGUUUCAGAAAGCAGGAUUUGUUGCUAAGGUGGUCAACAUAAGCCAGAAGUGAGGACUGUCCAAUAGGAUUGCAUUGGGCUUUGGGCUUAAGUUAUCUGGCUAACUAGGACAAUCCACUUUGGUGAAACACACAACUAGAGGGAGUUUCAGAAAGCGUGGUUAAGAUGGUCAGCAUACGUCAAAAGGACUGUUCUUCAGAGGUCAGGCUUUACUUUGGGUCCAAGUUAACUGGCUAAUUGAGAGAAGCCACUUCUGAAACACAGAAACGGGAUUUCUCAGUAAAGCUGGACAACCCGACCCUGAGUAAGGACUGUUCAAUAGGUAUGACCUUUGCUUUAUUGGUCAUGGUAGACUUUGGGCUGAAGUUGUGUGGCUAACUGAGAGAAUGACUUCUGUGAAAUACGCACCCAGGGCGAGUUUCACGAAGCAGGAUUUCUCAUUGAGAUGGGCAGCGUUUACCAAAACGUGAGGAAUGACCUGCUGCCUGAGAACAGCUGUGAAAAACGCACCACAUACUGUAAUUCUGGAACAGCGUGAGGCGGCGCUAAUCUGGAUUAACGGCAUUAAUUCAGAUUUUUUUCUUCACUGUGAAGAGUUGAAUGGGACCAAGCUCAAGGAGAAAGACUUGUGUUCAUCUGAGAGUGACCAUGGUCACGUCAAGAAAGCACCCACAACAGAUUUUUACCUUUUGUAAAUAAAUAAGGAACGUAAUGUACUCUCUCCUGGCUGCUCGGUGUCCUCGCCAUGCUGUGGCACAGAGCUUUAUUCCACAGACCGACUACAGCUGGAGCUGGAAAACACUGGCACAGGCCUCACUCAGACUGGGAUGGUUUACGAGGGGGCGUCUAUAAUAAUCGACACAGCUCAGUGAUAAAACUCCCACAUUCGGACUGCAGGUAUUAGGGCUGAACGAUUUGUGGAAAAUACCUAAUUGUGAUUUUUUUCCGACUAAUCCGGCGGCUGCUAUUUAAAUAGUGAUUUUUUUUUUUUUUUAAACUGAGAUUCAGGCCUGAUUUAUUUUGGCCAAGAAGACCAGAACAUCCCCCUUGUCCGGCUUGAGGCUCGACCCCUAAACGCAGUGUUUAGGUGUCGAAGUACCGACGAGUUGUGAUGUCAAAACACAUGGAUGUUUGGUUGCCUCUGAUUGGUCUAACUCACCUACAGGCAUUUCACAAACUCUUAAUAGGACCCGUCUCCCCUCUUAAAACGUAGAACAACGGUUUGGCUAAUGUACACACUACUAAAGAACCCUUGAAGAACCAUCUUUAUUAAGACGGUGGUUCUAUGUACAACCAUAAGGACUCAGCCAUCCAUUCGUAUGGAUGAAAAGUUCUCUGGUGUUUCUUCAGACUGAUGGAGAAUGUGUUCUGUGGAUCUAUAUAGAACGUUUUUGAAGAGUUCUCUGUAGGACCAAAAUGUUCUUCUAUUGCUAUAAGCUUGACAUCAACAAGCAACAAAGGAACAAUACCAGAACCCUUUUUGAUGCUAUACAGAACCGCAUGCAACACAUUCUCCGAUCUGAAGAACCAUUUCACCGCGCAAAGAACGUUCUAAGCAUGCGAAUGGGUCCGAGUGUUCAUGCUACUGUAAAGAACGACUGUCUUUACUAAAGAAGCAGCUCUUGCGUUUUGAAAACUGCGAUUUUGAUAUAAAAGACGAAUCUUUCAGCCCUAGUAGUUACAUCACCACAGGUUUCUAGUGGGCUUCUAGUACAAAUUCAGAUGUGUAUGGAUGAAGGGGGCAUAUGAUAGUAGCCACCACUGAGUCUUGGUUUUCUGAUUGACUUCGUUUUCUUUCUCCUGCUAAUGGUCUCACAGUGUAGAGUGGAUGGAGAAGAACUUCUACCACCCAAACCAAGUAAAUGAUUGAGACUCUGCUAAAUCCUUGUAACUGGGACGCGUUUAAGAUGGAUAUGCCCUACACCGUUCUAAAUAAAGCUUCUGUGUAGGUACGUUUUCGUUCA